AUGAGCUUGAGCUGGCUGGUGAAUCCACAAGCAGACUCUCUACCUAUUCGAACUGAGUUCCCACCCUUAUUUCGUCUCCAACUCGUUGCGUUUGCGAUUCUAGAGACGGCUGUGAGCAGCAUGUCCAAGUUGAAUGAAACCCCGUCGGUGGACAAGCGCAAGAGAGACGAUAUCAAGUUGGAAGAUGACGACGAUGAGCCAUCAGUGGACCUGUUGAGCUUCUGCCGUCCACUUCCGGGCCAGAUCUUAAAUGUAGCUGCCAACACCAACCAGCUGGUACAAGGAAAGGGGAGUCCGAUUAUGGACCAAGUCGAGAAUAGGAAGCCAACAGCUCCAAUGCUCAUGGGGUCUAGGAGAUUGGAAAUGGAUCGACAGCUAGACUUGCAAAUUCCAGCGAGACGCUUCGAGGCUCACCAUGCUCCUCCUGCGAAGAGGCCAAAACCAAGUCACUGUCCAAGCACCGACGAACCGGCACUGGGCCUGAUGACGGUAUCUACAGCGUAUCUGGAGCGGUCGGAAAAGCGAGAGUUGGAAUUAGAAAGGACGAUCACUGUUUGGAAAACAAAGGCCUCAACACAGACCGAAAUGUUGCGAAUGAUGCAGUGCACCAUCGACCAGCUCCGCACCGAGAAGAAGAAGGUGGAAAUGCAGAGAGAGAAACUCGUGAUGACAGUCAGCCAACACAGGAAAGGAGUGGAGAACGCUCUAGUGGCAGAGCUGAGAAGAGUGAACGCGGAAUUGACGACGCAUUUGUCGGAUGUGAAAAUGGAAUUCAAAGGAGUCAAAGAAAGUUAUGAGGACCAGGCGAAGGAGAUUGCUGGACUGCAAAAGGAUCGCAAGCUUCUUGAAGCGAUAAAGGAGUUGACCAAGGAGGAGGCAGUUUGA